CUCUCUCUCUGGGAAAAACCCGAGCAGGAGGAGAGCAGCAGAAGGGGGAGGAGGCGGACUCCUUCUUCUUCUUCUUCUUCUUCCGAUACAGCGUCGGCGGUAGGAUAUUUAGAAAAAUAAAUCAAAAGAAAUCCACGCACCAACCCCCCCACCGGUGCGGAGCCACAGAGGGGAAAAAACACACGGAUGUGCCUCCGAAAGCGCAGCGGAUACCGCCCUCCGGACCUUAUUAAUGCCAAGAUUGAGAGGUCCGAGGCAGAAGGGGAGAUGACAUGCAUGCGUCCGGCUUGCUAACAUCGCUGACGACUCGCACACUAACCUGCCCGCCCUCACGACAUGACAGACGUACUGUACACAGGUCCGAUCCCGGCCGAGCGAGGGGGCGAGCUGGCCAUGGGGGGAGGUCGCAGCGAGACCUCGGCACUGAGCGGGACGGGAGGGGGGCGGGGCAUGGCCACCACCCAGAAUUCUCAACGGCCCAACGCCUGCUGCUUCUGCUGGUGCUGCUGUUGCAGCUGCUCAUGUCUCACCGUCAGGAAUGAAGAGGAGAGACGAAGGCGGAGUAGAAGGAAGAGAAUAUCACAGGACACCAAGAUGGAAACUAUACCAGACCGUGAAGACUGUACCAAACCCUCAGCAGAAGAGAUCCGGCUGUGGUCUCAGUCCUUCGACAAGCUGAUGAGGAACCCGGCGGGUCGAAAUGUUUUUCGGGAGUUCCUGCGGACAGAGUACAGCGAGGAGAAUAUGCUGUUCUGGCUGGCCUGCGAAGACCUCAAACAGGAAAUCAACAAGAGCGCCAUUGAGGAGAAAGCGCGCUCCAUCUAUGAGGACUACAUUUCCAUAUUGUCGCCAAAAGAGGUGAGUCUGGACGCCCGGGUUCGAGAGGUGAUCAACAGGAGGAUUCAGGACCCGACGCCUCACGCGUUUGAAGACGCCCAGCUACAGAUCUACACGCUGAUGCAUAGGGACUCCUACCCACGAUUCCUCUCAUCCAACAUCUACAAGUCGCUCAUUAAUGGCGGCUCGCGUACCUCCUCUGAAUCCUAGUCCCACGCCGCCUCCCCACCUCUGAUCCUACACUUACAGGAUUGAUGUCAGACCAUUUCAUCGCUUCUCUCGCACACUGCUCCCAGUACAAAAUUUUACAGAAUUUCAGAGUCCUCCUCAGUUCACUUCUCUUCUCAGAAUCCCAAAUCUUUCCAAUCUCUAAGACUUCUCAUUUCUUGUUUUUAACCCUCCAUAUCCUAAACCUGUAGUGCUGUUGCCAAGACCUCCUUUCCUCUCCUCUUUUCUCUUCUCUCUCUCUCCAGUUGACUCUUCUCUUCUGUAUGUCUUCUAUUCCUUCUUCCUUCUUUGUUCUCAAUAAAUCGCCCUUUACACUGUCCCACCCCCACCCCAUUCUCUUCACUUUUACGGUUGGAAAACUCAGCCAAGUGUCUAGAGGGCCUUCAAAAACAAGAAAUGUAGUAAAUUAAUAACAGAUUUACAACAUAAAAUAAAACUGUAUAACACAAUAACAUUUAUUUUUCCAGUAAUAAUGAAAAAGUAAACCUGUUAAAUUCUAUUAAUUUUGUUAUUAGAACAAUAUCUUAAAAUGUUAUACCCAUAAAUAUUUUCAAUCUCCAUAAGCAUCUGAAACAGUGACAUCAUAUUAGGUAACCUUUCAUUCAUAACAUUUAAAUUAUUAGUGCCACAUGUUGAAAGUAGAAUCCAUCCAGCAGCCAAGAAUUGAUUUCAAUAUGUAUUUGUAAACAGGCCAAUCUGAUAAUACAUGGACCCAUUGGUUUUUAACAAAUUCGUCACUUCAAAAAAAAUCUUAACUCAAGGUCCAAUUUCUAGCUUUUCUGGAGCUUUUAACCUCAUCUCACUGUCUUCCUCAGUGGGUGGAGUUUGCACAGUUUGAUAGUUCUGAGCUACGUCCUGUACGGAAGGAUGUGGUUCAAAGUUCCAGAAAAAGAUAGAGAGUAAAAAGAUUACAGUCUGACCAAUACUGGAUAUUUAACAAGAUUGUGAUAUCUGCUAAUGUUCUUCUGUCCGUCCAACUCCAUUCUUCUAUUCAUACUUUCAAUCAGUUUUCUAUCUUCCCACCUUUUUCCCUGUUUUUCAUCCUCAACAGAGAAGCAAGCAAUCUCGUAGUUGAAGUAUUUCUUUGGGACAUCAUCUACUGUUAUGUGGACAUGAUUACUUGGGAGAUUUUAUUGCAUUUCAAGGGGAGAAAAAUACAUCUGUGCCAUGGAUUCUUAGAGAUUAUUUUUUUUUGUGAUUUGCCCAUCCAGUCACAUUUAAGAGCCAAUUACAGAUGGAUGCCCCUGACUUCCGCCCACCUCAUCGCCUGUUUUUCAUCCUAUGGUUAUCCAUACCAGGACUAACGGAAAGGCAAAAGAAAAAGAUAGAUCAUUCCUUCUCUUUCUUUUUCUCUCUUUCAACUGGAAAACACAGGGUGCUCCCUCCAUCCUAGCUACAAACGAGAAAACAUUUUGUUCUUAUUUUUAUUGUUUAGUUAUCCGCUCUUGUUUGCUGGAUCAAUCAUUUCUCUCCUGUGAUAAACAAAUGGAUGGCUGUCACUUCCUUCCGACUACUGAUUUACAAACAGACGUCUAUUUUUUAAGAGAAAACUAUAUGGAACAUUUUAAUCAUUGUUGAUUUUUCUUUUUGUUUUGUUUAUUUGGUUUCUCCCGCUCGCUCCCCUUCCUGGAAUUUUUGCAAGAAGAGGAGGAUUCCUCUGGGACUGUACUGAUCCACACCCAACGCAACACCACAGACAGCACAGACAGGUGCAAUAAAACACUGGAGUUUAGAAAAACAACACACACAUACAUGUGUUACUAUACUUCAGUGGAUCUCUCAAAAACCAAAUUGAUAAAAUUCCUUCUUGUCCAAACCAUAAUCCCUUAACAAGAUAUGAUCAUGUCUACCAAAAUAGCAGAUAUUUAUACCUCAGGUUUGUUGUGUGAGAUUUUGUGAAUUUUAUCUAUGCUGUGAAACAUUUCUCAUUUUCUCAGUGAAGCGAUAAUCCACUGCCAUGCAGUUAUAAAAAUAAUGCACCCACAGAGUGUGAUAUUUCGUAACAACCAUCGGCACUUCUAAUUAUUUAAAGUGUGUCUUUAUUCAUAUUUAAUACUGCAAUACGCCUUUUAAAUGUAUUUAUUGUGUUAUUCAGUAUUUCUCUAGGCUAAAGUUGCCAUCUUUUAAAAAAUAAUUUAAUUGUUUACUUUUGGAUCUAUUAAUCAUUUUAUCAUGUUCUUUUCUGAAUGUUAGAGCCUUGGAAUUGGAGCUGAAACAAUUCAAACAGUUGAUUCAUUUUUUCAAUUAAUUGAUUAGUUAAUGGACAGCUUCUCAAAUGUGAACAUUUUCUGCUUUUGGUGUAUGAUGUAAUUUGCAAUUAAAUAUCUUAGCAGUUUCCACGGAUACAAAAAACAAAAUAUGAAAAUAUAUUUUGGCUAUUGGUACAUGUGAAUUGCAUUUUUCACACUUUUGACAUUUCAUGACUAAAUAAUUACAAAUUAACACAUUGAAAAAAAAAUUGUUCAUCAUUUAAGCAUUUAAACUCCAUAAAACACAACUUGAAGUGUCAGAAAGGAAAGACUCAAUGUUUAAAUUAGCUCACGUUAAAUUCUGUUGUCUGCACAGUGUGGAUGGGUGUAUUCUCUUAAAAAGCCAGCAUUCAGUGGAACAUUAUAAUGUUCUUUCUUCUAAACCAGUUAUGAGUACAGUUUAAUUUCUGCUGCAUUGAUGCCAUAUGGACAUUAACAUAACUAACAUUUCCAACUAGAAAACACUGUAUACACCAUUAUGUAGUAAGUAAUGUAAAAGCAAACUGCAUACAAUUGGAAUUUUUGAAAGCUGCAGUAUGUCUGACUUACCACUAAACAUGACAUGGGGGGGGGGGGCACCUGUAGUUUUAAUGGUCAAGAAGGACCAAAGAAGAUAAAAUGUUGCUGUCUUCUAUAAAGAUCCCCAAGUUUUAAAUCCAGAAGUCAAAGUUGUCCUACUAAGUAUAGUAAUACAAGUAUACGCACACACACACACACACACACACAUCAGGGUGGCCUACCUGGGCACUGCUGCUGCUGACCUCUGCCUCUGUGACCUCUCACCUUUGAUCUCACCACUGUCUGUCGCCCACUCCUGAUUGGCUGCAGGAGGCUGCCGGGCUGAACUGUGGUUGGUCAAUUCAGGAAGGGGGGGUGGGAGGAAAUCCCAGGUGCAAAAAAAAAAUAAAAUUAAAAUAUAUAUAUAUAGAUAUAUUAAUGAAAUACAACUAAUAAAAUAUAUAGCGAGAAAAAAGGAAGAUAUUAUGUGAGAGGGGAUGCGCACACCCAGUGCUUCAUGGGAAUUUGUAGUUUGAGGAAAAGAAACGUUUGUAGUUGUCUGUGGAGGCAGAAACAACAGAUUUUUAAAAAAAGAGAUGCCGAGCUCUUAACCAGAUUGGUCACUCAGAAUGCUUUUAUCUUAGUAUUGUUAAUGUUAUUUAUUUUAUAUUUUGUUAAAACUGUGAUUUUAAUUGUACAUAUAAAAACGGAAACCCUUGAACAUCU